UCGCUGUCGCUUGGCCUCGCCUCUCCACUCCAAACCUGCAGCUCCGAGCCGUCUCCCGCCAACCCAAUUUCGCUUCCCGCCGCUCCCCAUCUCAUCCCACACCGUCACCAUUACACCGCCCGAAAGGCCGCUAGAAAUCCGAUCCCGAGCCGCCGCGUCUUGCUCGCGUCUUUUCCCCUCUGCUCGAGCACGCGCGGGCGCGCGGCUGCUCCCGGCGGCGGCGAUGAGCGCGGUGAACAUCACCAACGUGGCGGUGCUGGACAACCCCACCGCCUUCAUCAACCCCUUCCAGUUCGAGAUAUCCUACGAGUGCCUCGUGCCCCUCGACGACGAUCUGGAGUGGAAGCUUAUAUAUGUUGGAUCAGCUGAAGAUGAAAACUACGACCAACAGCUUGAGAGUGUGCUUGUUGGCCCUGUCAAUGUUGGGACCUACCGUUUUGUCCUCCAGGCUGAUCCACCGGAUCCCUCAAAGAUCCGUGAGGAAGACAUAAUUGGUGUGACUGUGCUGCUAUUGACUUGCUCUUACAUGGGCCAGGAGUUCAUGAGAGUAGGCUACUACGUGAACAAUGAUUACGGCGAUGAGCAGUUGAGAGAGGAGCCUCCAGCAAAGGUGCUAAUCGAUCGGGUGCAGAGAAAUAUCCUGGCCGACAAGCCCCGGGUUACCAAGUUCCCUAUCAACUUCCAUCCUGAACCAAGUACAGGCACGGGGCGGCAGCAGCAGCAGCAGGAGCCUCAGACGGCCUCACCAGAGAAGCACGCAGGCAGCGGUGAGGGCAAUGGAAGCAAGCCUGAGGCUGACCAAUGAACACAGUCGACUUCAAGUAUUUUUGAAGCGCGUCCCUACAGGUUGUGCUGUAAGGUUACGAACGGGAUUAGCGGUUAUACAUUGCCCUGGGAUCCUGUUUCUAGCACAUGGUGGCUGUUUAGAACUCUUUGUUCUGUACACAUUGAGAUGCAAAUGCUGGGUAGUGGGUAGCUGGGUGUUUCCUUGGCAAAGAGUAUUUUAAGCCUGUUCUCCUGCAAUUGCUUUAUGCUUCUUUAGAGUUUAGAGUAGCGGUUUACCUCAAAACUAACUGGCUAGUCUUGGUCACCAGCUUUGGCCUUUGCGGUAUAGCUUGUAACGGGAAUCCUUCUGUUCACUUAGGCAAGUGGUGAAAUGAAAUGAUUUGUGAUUGCAGCCACGGUUUUCA